GGUGUCGGCUUUUCCCGUGAUGGUGGCCUCGCGUGAGGUCCUGCCCACGGGAGUGCCGGCGUCCUGUUGGGCGGCGUCCCCCCGGCUGGAGCUCUCUCCGGCGUCCCCUCGCUCCAGCGUCCCCCCGGCCGGCGCCCGCUCCGGCGUCCCCUCGCUCCGGUGCCCUCUCCAGCGUCCCCUCGGCCGGCACCUGCUCCAUUGUCCCCCCGGCCGGCGCCCGCUCCGGCGUCCCCUCGCUCCGGUGCCCUCUCCAGCGUCCCCCCGGCCGGCACCUGCUCCAUUGUCCCCCCGGCCGGCGCCCGCUCCGGCAUCCCCUCGCUCUGGCGUCCCCUCGCUCCGGCAUCCCCUUGCUCCGGUGCCCUCUCCAGCGUCCCCCCGGCCGGCACCUGCUCCAUUGUCCCCCCGGCUGGCGCCCGCUCCGGCGUCCCCUCACUCCGGCGUCCCCUCGCUCCGGCGUCCCCUCGCUCCGGCGUCCCCUCGCUCCGGCGUCCCCUCGGCCGGCACCUGCUCCAUUGUCCCCCCGGCCGGCGCCCGCUCCGGCAUCCCCUCGCUCCGGCGUCCCCUCACUCCGGCGUCCCCUCGCUCCAGCGUCCCCCCGGCCGGCGCCCGCUCCGGCGUCCCCUCGCUCCGGCGUCCCCUCGCUCCGGCGUCCCCCCGGCCGGCGCCCGCUCCGGCGUCCCCUCGCUCCGGCGUCCCCUCGCUCCGGCGUCCCCCCGGCCGGCGCCCGCUCCGGCGUCCCCUCACUCCGGCGUCCCCUCGCUCCGGCGUCCCCCCGGCCGGCGCCCGCUCCGGCGUCCCCUCACUCCGGCGUCCCCCCGGCCGGCGCCCGCUCCUCGCCCCGCGCGUGGCUCCGUAAGGGCCCGUCUCAGUCACUCUCUCCCUUCUCUCGUAGGUGUGUUUGGAAGCGGCCGCGAUGGACGAGUCGUGCUCCUCGGAGAGCCGUCUAUGAGCGGAGCCCGGCCGGCCGCAGCUGGUGAGUGUCCUUCCGCCCGCCGGGGCAGCAUGGCGGGCUUCAAGAGAGGCUACGACGGGAAGAUCGCCGGCCUGUACGACCUGGACAAGACCCUGGGCCGGGGGCACUUCGCCGUGGUCAAGCUGGCCAGGCACGUCUUCACGGGGGAGAAGGUGGCCGUGAAGGUCAUCGACAAGACCAAGCUGGACACGCUGGCCACGGGGCACCUCUUCCAGGAAGUGCGCUGCAUGAAGCUGGUGCAGCACCCCAACAUCGUGCGCCUCUACGAGGUCAUCGACACGCAGACCAAGCUCUACCUCAUCCUGGAGCUGGGCGACGGCGGCGACAUGUUCGACUACAUCAUGAAGCACGAGGAGGGCCUGCACGAGGACCUGGCCAAGAAGUACUUCGCGCAGAUCGUGCACGCCAUCUCCUACUGCCACAAGCUGCACGUGGUCCACCGCGACCUGAAGCCCGAGAACGUGGUCUUCUUCGAGAAGCAGGGCCUCGUCAAGCUCACCGACUUCGGCUUCAGCAACAAGUUCCAGCCCGGGAAGAAGCUCACCACGAGCUGCGGCUCCCUCGCGUACUCGGCCCCCGAAAUCCUGCUCGGGGACGAGUACGACGCUCCCGCCGUCGAUAUCUGGAGCCUGGGGGUCAUCCUCUUCAUGCUGGUGUGCGGGCAGCCGCCCUUCCAGGAAGCCAACGACAGCGAGACCCUGACCAUGAUCAUGGACUGCAAGUACACGGUGCCUUCGCACGUCUCCAAAGAGUGCAAAGACCUCAUCACCCGCAUGUUGCAGAGGGACCCCAAGCGGAGAGCCUCGUUGGAGGAGAUUGAGACGCACCCCUGGCUUCAAGGGGUCGACCCGUCCCCCGCCACCAAGUACAACAUCCCCCUGGUUUCCUACAAGAACCUCUCUGAGGAGGAGCACAACAGCAUCAUUCAGCGCAUGGUUCUGGGGGACAUAGCCGACCGUGAGAGCAUCGUCGAGGCCCUGGAGACCAACAAGUACAACCACAUCACGGCCACCUACUUCCUGCUGGCCGAGAGGAUCCUCCGAGAAAAGCAGGAGAAGGAGAUACAGACACGCUCGGCGAGCCCCAGCAACAUCAAAGCCCAGUUCAGGCAGUCGUGGCCCACGAAGAUCGACGUCCCCCAAGACCUCGAGGACGACCUCACGGCGUCCCCCCUGUCGCACGCGCCCGUCCCGCAGUCGCCGGCGCGCACGGCCGAGAACGUCCUCAACGGGCACCGCAACAAGGCCCUGGGCGACGCCGGGGCCAAGAAGGACGAGCUCCCCGAGCUGGCCGGGCCGCCGCUGGCCGUGGUGCCGUCCGCGAGCCUCAAGCCCACCACGAGCGGCCGCAAGUGCCUGUUCCGGGUGGAGGAGGACGAGGAGGAGGACGAGGAGGACAAGAAGCCGGUGGCGCUGUCGGCCCAGGUGGUGCUGCGGCGCAAGCCCUCCGUCACCAACCGGCUGACGUCGCGCAAGAGCGCCCCCGUGCUCAACCAGAUCUUCGAGGAGGGCGAGUCGGACGACGAGUUCGACAUGGACGAGAACCUGCCGCCCAAGCUGAGCCGCCUCAAGAUGAACAUCGCGUCGCCCGGCACCGUGCACAAGCGCUACCACCGGCGCAAGAGCCAGGGCCGCGGCUCGAGCUGCAGCAGCUCCGAGACCAGCGACGACGACUCGGAGAGCCGCCGGCGGCUGGACAAGGACAGCGGCUUCACCUACUCCUGGCACCGGCGGGACAGCAGCGAGGGGCCGCCCGGCAACCAGGGCGACGGCAGCGGCCAGAGCAGGCCGGCCAACGGCGGCCGCGGCCUGGACAAGGCCAGCCCCAACGGGGGCGGCCAGGGAGGCGGCAGCCCCUCCAGCGGCGCGGGGGGAGGCGGCACCGGCCCCUCCGGCACCACGCGCCGCUGCGCCGGCCCCGGAGAGCUCGUGGAGAGCCUCAAGCUCAUGAGCCUGUGCCUGGGCGCCCAGAUCCGGGGCGGCACGGGCUGCCUCCUGGACCCCCAGAGCGCCUGGGCCUUCUCCAGCGUCCGAGUCCAGGAGAAAUCCGCCUGGAGGAUGUGCGUGGGCUCCGCCGGGCCGGCCCCCCCCGGCCCCCACGUCAAGCUGUUCUCGGAGCGCAUGGUGGGCCCGGCCGAGGGGCUGGACCGAGUGAAGACCAAGAACUUAAAAAACAGCGUAUUACAACUACCUCUGUGCGAAAAGACCAUCUCGGUGAACAUCCAGAGGGGCCCCAAGGAGGGCCUCCUGUGCGCCUCCAGCCCCGCCAGCUGCUGCCACGUCAUCUGAAGGGGACUCCUUCCACUCGGGCUGGCUCCACAACCACUCCCUCCAUCCCUCCUCCUCUUCUUCCUCCCUUCCCUCCUUUUCUCUUUCUCACCUUUCUCCCUUCCUUUUCUCCUUGCUCCCUCUCUCCCUUUUUUCCUUCCCUCCUUCCUUCCACCCUCUCUUCCUGUCCUCCCUCUCUCCCUUCCUCCCUCUUUCCCUUCCUUCCCUCCCUCCUUUCCUUCCAUCCCUUCUUCCUUCUUUCCUCCCUUCUUCCUUCCUUUCCUCCCUCCUUUCCCACCCUUUUUCUCUCCUUUUUCCCUUUUCUCCCUCCUUCCUUCCUCCUCUCCCUUUCCUUCCUCCCUCCCUUCCCACACUCCUUUUUCUCUCCUUCCUCCCUUUACUCCCUCCUUCCUUCCUUCCUUCUUUAUUCCCCUCCCUCCUUCCUCCCUUCCCAUCCUCCUCUUUCUCUCCUUCCUCCUUUUCUCCCUCCUUCCUUCCUUUCUUCCUCCCCUCC